AAAGUCAUGGCAGACAGAAGCUGUUAGUUGUAUUUGCUGAAUAUUGGUGAAUUGCUUGUGGUAGUCCAACUUGUGUCCUAGAAAUAUAGCCAUUUUUUGUCCAGGCUUAGAGCCAAAAAUAAAAACAUUUGCAUUAACUUGUCCUUAAGCGCCACUCACAGGACCCCUGGCCACAUUGCAGCUUGUAGCUUCAAAAAGGAACCAACUUCACUAACAGCAGCAAGGCAGCUGCCAGUCCCUCGCCUGUGUUGUGCAUCACCCUUCCAGGCUGGGCCAUGAAUAAACAACCAAGCAAGGAGAGUCUCAAGGACAAGGUGAAGGGGAUCUUUGGGCUGGGUACACAGCGUCCUCCGAACAAACAGAGCGACACUAAACCCUCCGAGUUUAUCAUUACGGCUGACAUCAUCAAGGAGCUCCACCCAGAUUGUGGUCUGAGCAACCGUGUUCGCACUAUGAACCACAUCUGUGAGCUCGCCAAAAUGAAAAAGUUUGAGGAGCAUGCAGUGGAGGCUGUAUGGAAAAAUGUGGAAGACAUGCUGACUCCAGAGCAGCCACCAGAAGCCAGACAUGCUGUCCUGCAGCUGCUCAGGGCCAUUAUACAGGGGCAGGGUGAACGACUUGGCCCUCUGAGAGCCUACUUUUUCAAGGUAAUCAGAGACUACCAGCCGUGCAAUGAAGACCUUUCUGACAGACUGGAGGUGUUUAAGGCUUUAACAGAGAAUGGGAAGGAUAUCACAUACCUGGAAGAGGACAUAGCACGCUUUGUCCUCCUGUGGAUGGAUAUAGGCCUUACCUCUGACUUUCUCCAUGUUCUUGUCAAUCUGGUGAAAUUCAAUAGCUGCUACUUGGACCAAAAUGUUUCCAUCAUGGUCCAGAAAAUUUGCCUGCUGUGCAACAGAACGACGUCUUCGACUGAUAUUGAGGUGGCUCUGCAAGUGCUCGAUGCAGUUGUGUGUUACAACUGCCUGCCCUCUGACUCUUUAACCGUCUUCAUAAUCACACUCUGCCGUACGGUCAACGUCAAAGAGUUUUGCGAGUCCUGUUGGAAGUUAAUGAGAAAGGUUUUGGGGACUCACCUCGGCCAUAGUGCGAUUUACACCAUGUGUCGCAUUAUGGAGGAAAGUUCUUCUUUGAUCUGUCCCUCCACCAGGGUGUAUAUGGAGGAUGCACCGUUGUUAAGAGGAGCAGUUUUCUUUGUUGGAAUGGCACUUUGGGGCGCACACAGACUGCCUGCACUCAAAAAUACACCGACGCUUGUUCUGCCAUCUUUCUACAAGGCCAUGUCAUGCGCCAACGAGGUGGUCUCCUACGAAAUUGUUCUUUCAAUAACAAGACUCAUCAAAAAGUACGGCAAAGAGCUACAGGUGGUCACUUGGGACAUCCUACUCGGCAUCAUAGAGCGACUGUUGCAACAGAUUCAGACAAUAGGCAGUGCGGAGCUAAAGGCCAUUGUUUAUGAACUGUUGACCACCGUGGAAGAGCUUUAUGAACAAAACGGUUACCACGGCUCCACUGAGAAGUUUUUCAGCCUGGUGGAGAAAUGUGCUGAUAAAAGACCAGAUGCAUCAGUGCUGACACUUAUCUCCUACAGGGCUCAGUCUAUCCAGCCUGCUAAAGAAGGCUGGAUUCAGAGCCUUCACCGGCUCAUGGAGAAAUUCUUCAGGAACGAGACUCGCAGUGUGAUAAGAAUCAAAGUGCUUCAUAUCCUGUCCUUCGUUCUCAGCACCAACCGGCAGCUCUAUGAGGAUGAAUUGAUUGAAAUGGUGGUGAUUCCCCAGCUCAGUGGGAUUGCUGAAGACCGGGAUUUGGCAGUUAGAAAACAGGCUACUCAGCUAUUAGUGGACCUUGCUGAGGGCUGCAACACGCACCACUUCACCAGCCUGCUGGACAUCAUUGAACGGGUGGCUAGCCGCUCUCUGGUGUGUUCAGGGCCCCUAGAGGUUUCUGAGAGAGACCCCACAGCAGAGUCUCCUAUGGAGGAUGUUAGGACUUCUAUUUUGGGCCUGCUUGAAAUCCUGCAGAGCAAACUUUACAGUCUGCCUGCCAGCCAUGCGAGUCGUGUUUAUGAGUUGCUUAUCAGCCACCUGCAGCUCCAUUACAAGAACAAGUACUAUUCAACUAUUGCCUCCACUAUUAGACUACAGGUGUUUGACUUCUUCCUCAUGAUGCGUGCAGACUCUCUUCACCGUCUUGGGGUCCCAAACAAAGAUGGUGUCAUGAGAUUCAGCCCUUAUUGCUACUGUGAUAUAGGGGAACCAGAGAAACGUGUUGGUGAAAAGAAGCCAGCAGGUUCAACCUCUCCGCCUGCUGGCAGCCCUGCUCCUCCUGCUGCUCCUCCCACUUCAGCAGCCUCAACACGCUCAGCCUAUCUUCCCUAUUCGCCUGCCUUCAGUGUCCUCCUGCAGUGCCUCAAGAUGGAGACAGAUUGGAAGGUGCUGAAAUUGGUUCUUGACAAGCUGCCGUGGAUGCUGCAGUACAAAGUGUUGCUGCUCACAUCACCAUGCAACUUAGAUCAGCUGUGUUCUACACUGUGCUGCAUGGUGACAGAUCGUCUCAUCUCAGAGCGAUUGAAAAAGACUCCAGAGGGGUUUUCGCGCACAGAUGUUCAGCUGGCAGUGAUUCCUGUUCUUACAGCAAUUACCUCCUACCACAACUACUUGGAGCAGUCAAGACAGAGAGAACUGGUUCAGUGCCUCGAGACUGGGCUCAUUUACCGCUGUGCCAAGCAGUGUGUGGUGGCCCUUACAAUGUGCACGGUGGAGAUGCCUGAUAUCAUGAUCAAGCUUCUUCCUGCUCUUAUCGUCAAGCUCACUCACAUCUCUGCUACUGUUGCCAUGGCAUCUCCUAUGCUCGAGUUUCUCUCCACCCUCGUGCGCCUUCCCCAUCUGUAUGCCAACUUUGUAGCUGAGCAGUAUGUCAGCGUCUUUGCCAUCUCACUACCUUACACUAACCCCUCAAAGUUCAACCAGUACAUUGUGUCCCUGGCCCACCAUGUGAUUGCCAUGUGGUUCAUACGCUGCAGACUACCCUUCCGCAAGGACUUUGUUCAGUAUAUCACAAAGGGUUUGCGUUCCAACGCCCUUAUGCCAUUCGAUGACAGUCAUGAGCAGAGUCCGUUUCGUGCCCGAAGCACCAGCCUCAAUGAGAGACCCAAGAGCCUGCGGGCAGCAAAAGUGGCAAAGGCAGCAGCAGCGGUAGCCAAUAGCAGCAGCUCUCCAGUUAAAGAGCUGAGGGACCUUUCAGCCAUGGACGCUUUCCGCUCCCGCAGCAUCAGCGUCUCCGAACAUGCGGUCCGCAGGAUGCACACCUCAACCACCACGUGCAGUCUGGGCUCUGCCGAUGAAAAUGCAGUAACUCAGGCCGAUGAGGGGCUGAAGACUGUACACCUAGAGCUCACAGAGACUUGUCUUGACAUGAUGGCGCGAUAUGUGUUUUCCAACUUCUCUGCACUGCCGAAGAGGUCUCCCAUCGCAGAGUUCCUGUUAGCAGGAGGCCGCAGUAUGACCUGGUUGGUGGGCAACAAGUUGGUCACCAUAACAACCAGCGGAGGGGUCAGAACACAAGCGCUGCUGGGCCUGGACAUGGCUGAUCGCCUGGGAGGAGGAGGAGGGGAAAUGACCAGGUCAGACCCAUCACUACACACCCGAAUGACCAAAGAGGCUCCAGCCAAAUUGGAGUCACAGUCAAGCCAGCAGCACAACAGAGCUGCACGCAUACGAGUUCGCUCCAUGUCAGGUGGUCAUGCUCUACGUGCCGGUCCCGCUCAGAGUCUCAGUCCUCUGGUGUCUCCCUCUGAGGGUGAGUUGACUGCUCCACUCUCUCCCUCCUCUGGUCCUGCUCUGGAUAGUUUAGGUCCAUCCUCUUCCACCUCUGCCACUCCAUCUGCGCCUCCUACUCUAAAAGACAACCCCACCUUGGCUGAGUUUGCCCCAAUGCUCACACAAGGGUGGGCAGAGAUCUUCAUACGCAGACCAUCAGGUAACACAAGCUGGCUAAUGUGUUUGGAGAAUCCACCUAGCCCUUUUUCUUCGGAGCUUGGUAACAUGCCGUUGCAAGAGCUCUCCAGUGUUCUGAUGGCAAUGGAGGGAGUGAAGGAACCUCCCACUCAGACAGCCAGUGCUCCUGCUAGCACAGCUGUCCCUGCUCCGACUCCUGUCUCUGAGUCCCUAACCCAAACAUACAGCAGUGUUGGAGGAAAGGCAAACCUGAUUCAGCGCUCCAACACAGUGGGUGGCUCUCUCUGCUCUCUGGGUAUGGGCACUGCCCCCCCAGGCCCACCAGCCCCUGGCAGGUUGCACAGGAGCAUUUCCUGGGCAGACUCUGUCGUGGUGCUGGAGGAGGGAUCAGGAGUUGCUACAGCAAACACGCCGCCUGACUGGUUGGGGAGUGCAGAGUUUGAGCCAAUGUUGUCUGAUCCAAUCUUCAUAGCUGCUGAUAAGUUUACAAAGACUCCCCCUGAAACACUCAGCAGGUCCCCCUCCACCUCAAGUCAGGAUGAUGAAAAGUCAACCCUGGAAGAAGUAAGCGAGGGAGCAAUUCCAAUCGAUCAGCCCCCUUUUGGACCAUCCACUCCAGGAAGCCAGGGGCCUGAUCUUCCCUUCCAGACACACUCUCAGUCCCAGGGUCAUGGACUCAACAAGUCCAGCUCCUCUCCUGAGCUCCAGACAUUACCUGAAGCUUUUGCCAAGGCUGCUAUGGAGUCAGAAAGUGCGAUGGUUGACACGUCACGGCCUAGAGCACCCUCAGACGGCAAGCCUCAACCCCAGCAGCCUCAGUUUGAGAAAGAAAAGGUGGAGGGAAACACUGGAGUGGACACUAAUGUAGCGGGAGGUCCAAACCCAGCAGGUGAAGGGCAAGCUGUUUCGUCAUCUCAAAGUGGAGGAGCGGGGAUGAGGUUGUCUUUUCCACCAGCACCAGUACAAUCUGGACCCAUCUCACCCAGUGGAGGCCACCGGCCCAGAGGUCACACAAUCUCAGUCUCAGCCCCCUCCUCCAGGAGGGAGAGGAGGACUGAGAGGGAUGCUUACCACAGUCGACCUGGUCCCAGCAACACUGAGAAAAUCUCUGGACUGAGCCCCAGCUUUGUGUUUCUGCAGCUCUACCACUCUCCUUUCUUUGGGAAUGAAGCCAACAAGCCACUUCUGCUGCCCAAAACUCAGGUGAUUGACCGUGCGGUAAAGGUUCUGGACCAGAUGCCGCCUUAUGACACCCAUAAAAUCGGGGUGGUGUUUGUAGGAGCUGGUCAGGUUAACAAUGAAGUCGCCAUCUUGUCGAACGAGUACGGUUCGAACCGCUACGCCUCUUUCCUCACGGGUCUUGGCAAAUUAAUCCAUCUGAAAGACUGUGAUCCAGACCAGAUUUUCCUUGGAGGGCUUGACCAGUAUGGAGAUGACGGAGAGUUCACCUACUGCUGGCAUGAUGACAUCAUGCAGGCUAUCUUUCACAUAGCCACACUGAUGCCAAACAGGGAGAGCGACAAGGGUUGCUGCAACAAAAAGCGACACAUUGGCAAUGAUUUUGUCAUGGUGGUGUACAAUGACUCUGGAGAGGAGUACAAACUGGGCACAAUCAAGGGUCAGUUUAAUUUUGUAGAAGUCAUUAUAAAACCACUGGAUUAUGAAUGUAACCUCGUUACCCUCCAGUGCCGCAAAGACCUCGAGGGAUUAGUAGACACAACGGUGGCAAAAAUUGUUUCCGAUCGAAACCUUCCCCUGUUAGUCAGGCAGAUGGCUCUGCAUGCAAAUAUGGCCUCUUUAGUGCAUCAGUACAGAGCUAACCCCUCUGACGCAUACGCUUCUAAGUGGCUGGCAAGGUUACGACACAUCAAGAGGAUCAGGACCAGGGCUCAAGAAGCCAUCCAGUCUCGCUCGACUCCCGGGAUUUCACUGACGCAAGGGCAGAGCAAACCUUUGUCACAGAGCAGUGCUCCAACAAAUGUGGAAGCCACCGGACAACGAAAAAGACUGGUGUCCACUGUAGAUGAUUUCACAGAUUUUGUUUAAUUUCUCGACAAGAAAUUAAACCAAGACGAGACAAAAGUAUGUGAACUGAAUAAAACAAAGUAUAAAAACUUA